AUGACUAGUCUCCGGUACCUUACCAUGGAUGAGCUCUGGAGGGUGACCGAGGUGGCCCCCGAGGAUCCCAAGGUGACCAAAAACCUUGAGGAGGAGGAACUGUGGAACCUCUUCACACACAAACUCGAGGGUGAAACCAAGGGGACCGGGGUGGUCAUCCAGGAAAUCACGGAGACCGUGACCGAGAAGGUGGCCGAGAAAAUCGUGGAACCCAGGAAAACCAAGAAGGUGACCGAGAAAAUCUUGGAACCCAGGAAGACCAAGAAGGUGACCAAAGAGGUUGACCAGGAUGAAAUGUUGAACAUCUUGAACGAACUCCUUAAAGCCUCCACGAUAAAGAGUAACCGCCUUCAGGAGAUUCUGAAAUCAGGAGCUUCUGAAAUCGUCGAGGAACCCAAGGAAAUCGUCGAGGAGCCCAAGGUGAGCGAGGAAAUCGUCGAGGAGCCCAAGGUCACCCCUGAAGAGGACACGGAAAGCCAGGAGACCCGAAUGGUUGCCCCCGUCACCCCUGAAGAGGACACGGAAAGCCAGGAGACCCGAAUGGUUGCCCCUAAAGAGGAAACGGAAGGUCCAGAAAUCGAGCAGUACUAUACCCAAGAGGUUGCCCCCGUCACCCCUGAAGAGGACACGGAAAGCCAGGAGACCCGAAUGGUUGCCCCCGUCACCCCUGAAGAGGACACGGAAAGCCAGGAGACCCGAAUGGUUGCCCCUAAAGAGGAAACGGAAGGUCCAGAAAUCGAGCAGUACUAUACCCAAGAGGUUGCCCCCGUCACCCCUGAAGAGGACACGGAAAGCCAGGAGACCCGAAUGGUUGCCCCCGUCACCCCUGAAGAGGACACGGAAAGCCAGGAGACCCGAAUGGUUGCCCCUAAAGAGGAAACGGAAGGUCCAGAAAUCGAGCAGUACUAUACCCAAGAGGUUGCCCCCGUCACCCCUGAAGAGGACACGGAAAGCCAGGAGACCCGAAUGGUUGCCCCCGUCACCCCUGAAGAGGACACGGAAAGCCAGGAGACCCGAAUGGUUGCCCCUAAAGAGGAAACGGAAGGUCCAGAAAUCGAGCAAGGACACGGAAAGCCAGAAGACCCAAGGGCUGGAACUCGAAGAGUUGCUCCAAAUGCGGAAACCCAAAAAGAGGAAACGGAAAGCCCCCGUCCAAUUUGGGUGGGACACAAGGAGACCGUUGUGGUCUUCGAGCAGAAUAAAGACACCGAGGCAGUCGUCGAGGAAUCAAUGGUGGGUCACAACGAGACCGAGGCAGUCGUCGAGGAAUCAAUGGUGGGACACAACGAGACCGUUGUGGUCUUCGAGCAGAAUGAGGAGACCGAGGCAGUCGUCGAGAAACCAAAGGUGACCGAAGUGGUCGUCGAGGAACCAAAGGUGACCGAAGUGGUCGUCGAGGAACCAAAGGCUGCGGUUCCACUCCCAGAGACAAAUGUAAAGGAGUUUCCACCAGAUGCAGGCGAUCUCGAUGAGAGAUGGAGCCGAUAUUUUAAGGCUAUUUUAGAGGUAGUGGGGACAGCCAGCGAACGGUGUUGGGAAUACUGUGUAAUAUAA